AUGAAUACCGAGUUAGAGAUGUUUGGAGAUGUCCUUGACAUUUCAUUUAGUCCAAUACCUUCUCCGAUUUCUCCCUUGCCUCAAUCACCAAAUCCUAUGAUAAGAAAGCCAACCCGUCCAUUUCGUCCAUGUAGUGGGAAGAAAAACCUGUCAAAAUCCAAGCCCCAACCUAAGCAAGAGCCUCCAUCCCAAGUGUCAAAAUCCAAGCCCCAACCUAAGCAAGAGCCUUCAUCCGAGGUACCAAAAUUCAAACCCCAACCAUCAACACCACGUAAACAUCUCCCACUAGACCCGCCAUCAAAUAAAAAWUUUUGUGCUGCUGCUGCUACUGCUGUGCAGCCACAAAAGAAAACCAAGACAAUUUUGGCCAAUGAACCAACCCAGUCUCUCCAGAAGGGGAAAUUAAGUUUUAUCAACAAACCAGGGAAUAACAAACCGAUUCCUGUCGUCACGCCGGAGACAGACAUUAGAGAUUUGCAGGCGCUACGCCCAGCAGGAGUUACCAAGCGCAUACCAAUGCUGGUGUUCCAGAACAACAAACUCCGGUGGAUAAAACUACCGGCAAUUAAACGAUUCACCCCGUUUGAAUAA